AUGCUCUUCUCGCUCGACGCCAUGCACGCUCGACGCCAUGCUCUCGUUCUCCUUGACAACCAGACCCAUAACCCCCUCGAUCUUUUACAUCACGUACACACAACACAUAGAACCUUCGACCCCUCUGACACCGGUCCCGCCCUCAAGCCCGCGUGCGCCCUCGUGCUGUCGAGCUCAUGCACCCGCCAUUGGCUGUACACGCUGCCUAGCUAUACAGCUGCCACUCCCUCGACCGCCAAUACCCCCACUCUCGUCUCGAGCCCACACACCCAACUUCGUCAUCCGUCUGUGCGUGCACAACCCUACACUCAGCCCCCUCGGCCCCCUCAACCAUCGACACCCAUGUUGUCGAUGACACAUACGCAUGCUCACCCCCUCGAUGUCAUGCACUACCGCCACGCUGCGUUGAAGGUUGCCGAACUCAACCUGGCGCAUGCACGAGGUCAUGUGCAGCAGUUCCAAGAGAUCAGCCAGGCGAAUGAAGUGGUGCUAGCAGGCUUGAAUGCGACCUGCAAUGACUACAAGUCAUCCACGGAGUCGCAGCUCGUGAAGCACGAGUCUGACUAUAACACUCUGUCGGAGAACUUGCACGUCGUCCAGCAGGAGCUGACGGCGUCUCGGGAGGUGAUGGCGGAGACGAAGUGCACGUUUGACAAGGAGUGGGAGUCCAUAUCGCGGAAGACAGGACAUCGCACAAUGCGAGAGGAGCAUGCCAAGUCUGCGAAGGCCAAGUACAAGACCAAAGUCAUCGCUCACGGCGAGUCGCUUCGGGACCUCGAAGGCUUGAAGCUGCAGUUGUCAAAGCUUCAGGUCGAGGCGAGGACACACCUGACUGCUGCGGAGACUACCCAAGCCAAGUUGGCAUCGUCUGAGUCUAGCUGGGGCAAGUCAUUCCUGUUGGUCCUGCGCGCGAUAGGGUUCUAA